AUGAAGGCUAACCGAUCUAAGGGUACUCCGUUCCAAUGCGCUGGUAGCCUCAUCAAUGAGCGUUACGUGUUGACCGCGGCCCACUGUCUCUCAGGCUGGGAGGUGGUCGGCGUGAAGAUACGAGUUUAUGGCGACACGGACUGCCAGGGAGGUUCGUUCGGAUGUGAAGCUAGUAUACAGGAUAUACUCAUAGAAGAAGCUAUUCCUCAUCCAGGGUUCAGCAAACCAGUCAUUAGAAAUGACAUCGGACUCCUGAGGCUGAAAAAUCCUGUUAAUCUGUUAUUCAACAACGCUGGCACAGUUUGCCUGCCAGUGACCCGGUCCAUGCGACACCGCAAUAUAGUCGGGCAGCCAGCUACCGUCGCCCACAUGGAGAACUUGGAGAAAAGCUACGAAUCAGCAACACUGCUCUAUAUCAACGUGUCCAUAUACACUGCUCAGUACUGCCAGGAGCAGUAUGACAGAAACAGAAAACAUGGCGAAGAUGACAUGAGUAACAAGAUCUGCACUGACUCCAGUAGCAAGGGCUCAUGUCAAGUGUACUCCGGGGCCCCUUUAAUGUUGUGGGAUCGAUUUGGGGACCGUGAUCGAUUUAUCCAGUAUGGCAUCGUGUCGUACGGACCAAACCGUUGCACCACCCUUUUUCCUGAAGUGUACACUGACGUCACCAAGUACAUGGCAUGGAUUUUGAACACGAUAAAACCAUAGGUACAAAGAUGGCGAGGAAGGAAAUGAAUUAUUUAUAAACACGAUUUUGUUAAUGGCUCAAU